AUGGACUGGCGCCCAAAAGGAAAAGGCAGAUCCGCAGACGCCUACCACUACCGCUACGGCACCGAGCCAUACCGCCCGCCUCAUCAUAACCAUGCAGGCUACAGCGACGGCUACGCCAAUGCCGCAUGGCAGCCUUCAUCUUCCUCCGACUACGCCCGAAAUUCAGGAUACCAAGCACAGCCAAACGCGCAGCCCCACUUCGACGGCUACGCCUACGGCUACGGCCAGCCGCAAGCCCCCGGCGCCUAUGGCUACGCCAACGGCCACGGAUACGGCUACGCACGGCAAGCCUCCCAGUGGGCCGCACCAUCUCACAGUCCAGCAGCACCACUCGGCUGGGGCGCGCUCUACUUCGCCGGUCCGCAACACUACGGCGACGGCUACCGCAACCACGCGGCCGGUCUCGCCUACGCCCAUGGUCACGACCAGCCAGGACACCUUCCUCACGACGCCUCGUCCCAUCACUCUUGGCCGUCCCGGCAUGACGCGCCCUACGCCAGGCAGCAGGCAUAUAAGCACGCCCCAGCAUGGCACCACGAUGGCCGCGGCAGCUCACCCCCGGGACCCAGCCAGGACCGCACCCGAUCCAGCCACCUUUCCUGGCGCUCUUCACCGCCUCGCCAGCCUCGCUCCGCGGCCAUGCACGGCCACGCACCAGCCAACGACCACGCCAACGCCGCUCACUACUCGACCUACGCCAAGGAUGCGGCGUCAAGGCAAGCCGGCCCGACUGUCCCGGCGACCCGAAACCAGCCGCGCAGCACGUACAUCCAGCAGGCCGAGCAGCAGCCCGAGGAGCUUCCGCGCGACAAGGGCGAGCCGCCCAAGAAGCUCCUCAUCCUCGACCUCAACGGUACGCUCGUGUACCGCGCCAAGAACAAAGGGUCGAUGAGCAUCAGCUCGGCCGCACCCACGCCGCGCCCCUACCUCGACUGCUUCCUGCAGUACUGCCUCGGUAUCGCUGCCGACGCCAAGCCGGCGCGGACCACCCCUCCGCCCAGCAGCACCGACGACGCUGCUGCCACGCCCUCCAAUCUUCCGCACGGGGCUCACUUCUGGCCGUCGGCACAGGAGGAAGCGCCGGGGUCAUUGGGAAGGUACGAGCUGCUGGUCUGGUCGUCGGCGAGGCCGGUCAACGUCGACAGCAUGGUGCGGGCCUCGUUCAGCGAGGCGCAACGCCAGCGGCUGCUGCGUGUGUGGGCGCGAGACACGCUCGUCAUCAGCAAGUUUUUCGGGCACAAGGUCGAGAGCGUCAAGGACCUCGAGAUUGUAUGGAUCGAGCUCAACGCCCGCGCGCAUGGGCUGGCCAGCCCGGGGAGGCUGCUGGCCGACCAGAGGGAUGCGCAGAACCGCGAGCGGCCGGACCUCGCCGAGCUGAGCCUGGCCGACCAGAAGGACGAGGCCCAGGAGCGCGUGCGCGCAGCCGACGGCGACGGCGACGGCGAUGGCGAUGGCGACGGCUCCAGCGCCACGGCCGAGGAGACAGUGUCUGCCGCGUUGGAGGCCGCGCUCGCUGCAGCCAAACUGGGACCGUGGGGGCAGCACAACACGCUGCUGCUCGACGACAGCACCGACAAGGCGCGGAUGCAGCCCUUCAACCAUAUCCUCAUUCCCGAGUUUGACAAGGACGCGGCGAGGCUCAUGGAACGGUGGAUCCAGCAGACGACCGAGCGGCGCACCCGCAAGCUGUCCGCGGACGCGGAGCAGGACACCAGCGCGGCCGCUCAACCCGUUGGCGCCGCAGAGGCCGGAGAGGGCCAGGAUGGAUACGGCACGGACCUCUCGAUCGAAGACGGGCGCGGCAAGCCGGCCCAGUCGACCGGGACGGGUAAGGGCAAGGCCAAGGCAGGGGCGGGCGACGGCCGAGUGAAGCUGCAGCAGCUCGACGACGUGCUUCUCCAGACGAUUGGGGCGCUCGAGCAGCUGCGGUGGCAGAGGGACGUGUCGGCCUUCAUCCGGUGCGGCGGGCUGGCGGGCUAUGGCGGUCCGCGCGCCAAGAAGGCCAAGCAGCUGGCCAAGCGGGCCAAGGCGAAAGGUCACCCAGAAUACUGGGUCGCAGAGGGACGACGGGUGUGCAAGCAGCUCGGCAUCAGGGUCACCCCGAAAUGGUUUUCGAGCGGCGACGGCGAGGAGGAGGAGGAGGACGGAGACGAUGACGACAGCGACGCCGACCAGCCCUAG